AUGGGGCGUUCAACACAAGUUGUGGAUGAUUCAAGUUUGCAACCGAAGUCAGAGAUUGGGAAUGUUUCUUUAUAUGGAGGGUCUGAAAAAUGUUCUCCUUCAUUUUUUGUUGACGAAAAUGAUGAAUUUGUUAAGAAAUCUGUACAAGCAUUUUGUAGAAAAAAUUCAAAAGAAGAAAUAUACGCUAAUUUUAACAGAAAUAGAGGGGCUGUUAUUAAUUUUUAUAAAAGUGAAAAAAAGGCGGCAAUGAAAAAUAAAAGAAAUCGCCAAAAGGAAGAUAAUAAUAGUUCUUCGACAAAUGAGAAAAUGAAAUUAGAACAGAGUGAAGAAAAAAAUGAAUAA